AUCAGACACAUGUGGCGGUGCAGUUGUGUUUACGAUAGCCUAUCAACGUUACUACUUACAGAAUGGUACUUGGAAAAACUAUAUUUGCAACAGGACAUGAUAACUUCAUGAGUGUAUAGUCAGCGCAAUUAGAUUGCAUUUUUACAUGUGUAUCCCUCUGGCCUCCUACAUAGCGAAGCAAAAAUGAUGGCUACGAAGGGUAUGGAAUUGCAGUUGAUACCCUGUGACACGCAAGACAUAAACACCCAAAGAUGCCGAAUCGGUCCAAGCCUAAUGUCCAGCCUCAGACUUAAUAUUGGUUCACCUGUCCUUAUAUCUACACCCGGAGGUGCAUGCAUAUGCACGGCUUGGCCAAGAACUGACCUGGCAGAGGGAUAUUUUCAGUUUGAUACUAAAUGUGUUACACCUAAUUUCAGACCAAUACACAGUCCCUAUUCUUUUAACUGUGAAGAUAUUAGGCCUCUGAGUUGUCAGAAACUGAAACGUAUCAAACUAAAUGUAGUUGUGAAAAGCAGUGAGUUUAAAAGAAGAGUUCCCCCUCAUUUAAUUCAUGACAUUGUGAAGGAAAUUCUCGGUGGUGUUUAUGUGCAUGAGAAGCACAUAAUUUCUGUCAAUUCCUUUGAGACUGAAUUGACCUGCAUUCACAUUGAAAACGUAAACUCCGGCUCCACUAAGGCAGGUCUUGUCACAGAGAGGACCUGUUUGGAGAUAGCAGCUGUCAUCACUCUUGCAGAGCAUCACAGAAGAAUUGCCCAGGAAUCUCCAAGGGUAUCAAUGGGUGGAAUGGAGGAUGUCUAUGCCUCGCUGAAAGAGCUCAUUCAUUUGCCUCUCUUUUAUCCCAACACCCUAAGAAAGCUGGGUGUUUCGUGCCCAAGAGGAGUGCUGCUAGUUGGACCACCAGGUGUAGGAAAGACCAUGCUAGUGAGAAGUGUGGCGAAGGAGGUGGGUGCCUCUCUGAUAACAAUCAACGGGCCUGUGGUCCUUGGAUCCAGGCCUGGGGAGAGCGAGGAGAACCUGAGGGCCAUGUUCCAACAGGCUCGGGAAGCGGCUGAAGACGGACCCUGUGUCCUGUUCAUCGACGAGAUAGACUCCCUGUGUCCGAAGAGAGCAGGCUCCUCGAGUGCGCCAGAGAACAGAGUGGUGGCCCAGCUCCUGACAUUGAUGGACGGCAUGGCCAGCAGAGACCACUUUGUGACCAUCGGAGCAACAAAUCAGCCGGACACGCUGGAUCCUGCCCUUAGGAGGCCUGGACGAUUCGACAGAGAGGUCAUCAUUGGUGUUCCAACCCUUACACAAAGAAAAGCAAUCCUGGAGUAUCUGAGUGAAAAGAUGCCCAUCUCUUGCAGUGUUGAUCUGAUCGCUCUGGCCGAAGUGACCACUGGGUACGUGGGGGCUGACCUGAGUGCUCUCUGCAGAGAGGCAGCUCUUCAGGCCAUCCUCCGCUCGCCUGAGGACACAGAGGUGAAAGCCAUCGAAAUGCAGCACUUCCAUGACGCUCUGAAGACAAUACAGCCUUCUUGUUUAAGAAGCAGUAUUGGGCUGACCGAUUACAAACCAAUCACCUGGGAACAGAUAGGAGGGCUUGAUGAUGUCAAACUCAAGUUAAAACAGAGUAUUGAAUGGCCCAUGAAAUACCCAGAGUCAUUCAUUAGACUGGGCCUGUCACGCCCCAAAGGGAUACUUCUCUAUGGCCCACCAGGAUGUGCCAAGACCACGCUGGUCAAAGCUGCCGCCUCCUCCUCGCACUGUGCCUUUCUGUCUGUCAACGGGGCAGACCUCUACUCGCCCUUUGUAGGAGACUCGGAGAAGGCCUUGGCUCAGCUGUUCCGUCAGGCAAGAGCCUGUGCUCCCUCCAUUGUGUUCCUGGAUGAGGUGGACACCCUGCUGGGCUCCAGAGGGGACGCUCGAGCUCCCCACAGCGUCCAGGCCCAGGUGCUGUCAGUGCUGCUGACCGAGCUGGACGGCGUCGGCCUAAAGACGGCGGAGAGGAGAGGCGCCCAGAGGAUGAUGCUCUGCGAGUCCCAGGAGCAUCCAGAGUCCCAGCAGGACCAUCAGAUGGAGUACCAUGAGGUAUGCAACAAGGAUGUGAUGAUUGUUGCUGCUACAAAUCGCCCUGAUGCUUUGGACAGUGCCCUGAUGCGCCCUGGCCGGCUUGAUAGGAUCAUUUAUGUACCACCCCCUGACUAUGAGGCUCGACUGGCCAUACUGAGGCUUUGCACAGAAAAGAUGCCCCUGGAUUCAGACGUGUCCUUGGAGGAGCUGGCGACUCAAACAUCCCUCUUUUCUGGCGCUGAUCUAGAGAAUCUGUGCAAAGAGGCAGCUCUUUUGACUCUUCAUGAGCAGACUAUGGACGCUUCCAGAAUCCAGCAAAAAUACUUUGUUAAAGCCUUACAAAAUGUAAAGCCCUCCCUCAGUCCUCUCCAAAUAGAAAGUUAUCAUCACCUUUUUACAUGACCGGUGUUCCUAUGACUGAUAUAUUCAAGUGAAAAACAUAUUUAAUAAAAAUGAAGUGUGUGUAAAUAUUUUAUGGUCAUUAUAAUAAAUGUGUAUAUUGUG